AUGGAGGGAGGGGGCCCAGCCAUCCCCCCGGUCUUCGAGUCUCGGAAGCAGAAAAUCCUUGCAGAGCUUUCCAUUCCAGAUGCAGAGUACUUCGAUCUGUCGCCCAAGGGAUCGGUGGACGAAGGAAUCCGUGAUCUGAUCGGGGACAUCAACAGAUUGCCGGGCUUGGUGACAACCAGCAGCUGCGCUGGCCGGAUCAGCGUGUUUCUGGAGGGCAGGAAAAAGCAGCUCCAGUCUGAGCAGCAACAACGACAGUUUGCACCCUCUGGAGGCAAAGGCGCUGGGAACUGGCUCUAUGUCUCUCACGACCCACUGGAGUGGCCGUCGAGUGUCGAAGAGAAGAGCCGGUCGCUGCACAAGCUGUUUGGCAUGGUGCCUGGAGAUGGAAAGCCCCCAGCACUGGACAAAGAUGGACAAGGCCCGCGGCUGGUGCGCUUUCAUUUCGAGCCCAUGAUCCUCCAUAUCAUGACUGCCACUCUGAAACACGCCCAGCCAGUCUUGGCCGCUGCUUCUGGCUCGGGAUUUCGUGAAAGCGGCCUGCAAAGCCUUCGCUGUCUUGGAGAAGGCCAAGAGGGCCCUAGUCCGAUUGUUGCGGUCCGUUCGUCGGGCUUGUCCCUGGAAUCGGUGAUCGGAUACUGCGACGAGAGCAACCCCGAGGAGGAUGGCGAGCCUGUGGUCCGCAGUCUAGUCACGGAGGGAUACCUGGAGAUGCUCAUUGCCAUGUCGAACGAGCGGUUUUCAACUAACUCAGAGCGCAGGGAGAGAUUUCGUAGUAGUCUCCUCGACCUCUGCUCCGCGGCCCAAUCUCAACAUACCAAGACAACAGGAAAGGCGAGGGCCAGGCCAGCUGGAUGGGAGGAUCCGGAAGCCAGGAGAGAAAGAAAGCGAGCAGAGGGCUUAGCACGGAAGAGAGCUCUCGAGAGCCAAGCGGUUGGCAGUGAAGACGUCAAAGACGAUACAAUAGCUUAG